AUGUUGAUCAUGCAAUGGGGGAAGACGAAAUCAGAAGCUGGGGCGCCUGUCAGUGUUUCAUGCACAGCUUCAUGCACAGGCAAGCUAUCAAGCUUUGACAAAGACAGCAGGGCUGCAAAGUUGGAUAGAGCGACGGUGAUCUGUGUGGAUUAAUGUCAGCUGCACUGCGCAGGCAUUCCCCUUGCUUCAGCUUUUGGGGGCUGCAGAACUGCGAUGAACAUGCCAUGAAAGACGAGAUCUUUGAUCCACGUCUUCUAGACUGCUGGACGCCCCACAUCUGCUUAUGAUAGCAAGCUUAGCUAAGAGUCCUGCGGAGCAGCCUUCGUAGCUGGUGCUCCAAACCCCCAAUACUGGGAAGACUCCCCACGGCCCUUGGCAAUGUGAGGAACAACCUGGUGAAGAAACCCUUGACUAGUACAACCACUGGCUAGUGGCUUAGUGAAAGCCUGGGGGAGCGAACCUUGUAUAUUGUGUAAAAGCUCUCGUCGCUUAUAAACCCCCAAAGUGUGAUCAAUUCUGGCCCGAUAGAGAGAAGCGCCUCCCUUCGAGAAACCCCCUUGAAAACUGAUCUUAUAAAAAAACUACCAUAAUGUCUUGGAGCCUCCCUGGGUGGACCCGGCAGCCAGGCACCUUCCAACUGGUGCUGGGUUACGGGAAAAACCCAAGCCCCAACCCAGCUGGUCAGGCAGACCCACAGCCAAGCGGGAUAGAGGACAGUUCGAAGAGCGGGUCCGAUGGGGAGAAGACGGACGCUGCAGCAGAGUGCAAGAUCAGGGUGCAACUAGAGUGGGGGGCGGGGGAGGACGAGGAGGGGGUGGUGCUGAAGCUGCAGUCGCAGCUGAUGAUGGCGCUUCCAUAUCCAGAGGAACAGGUCCAGGUUCGCAUGGUGCCUCAGAGCGAGGCCGCCCAAACGACCCCAGAGGCCACAAUCCCCCCCCAAAACCCAGGGCCCUCCGAACCCCCUGGUCCGAACGGGACCGAUGCCAAGUCACCCGGAAGCGCAAGAACAGGAGACGUCAGCCCUUCUAGCAGUUGGGGCUUUCUGGACAGACUCGCGGCGUCUAUGGGAAGGAACCCCAACGCAGAAUCGGCACCGAGCACACCGGCACCCUUGGCUGACGUCAGAGGCCCGUCAGCAGCCUCCUCAGACGGGCCUCAUGUAGGCACUGUCAGUAAGGGGCCCGACGAGAAACCGGACGGUUCGGUUAGAGGCUUCGGAUUGCGAACGGCUUCCCAUGAGAGACUAAAGCUACACGACGAUGCGCACAGCGACAGCGAGACGUUCGAGGACGCACCCCACUCGUUUCCACCAACCAUUGACACCGCAUCCCUUGUUCCAACCCCCAGCGUGCCUGCGGCGCCAGGGGUGGUGUCAAGCGCCGGAAAGGUGCCCGUUCGCACCGUCGUGAAAAAACGCUCCGAGCGGUUGCGGGUGAUUUUGGUGUCAAGAACGGCUGGAAGUGGGCCUUCAGGGGAGGGAGUCGGGGUGCUGAAUAAGAUCGUGGAAGAAAGCGAGAUCCCGGGCGUGGAGCAUUUGGCGCUUACGGAGGGAGUGCUCGGGUUCUGGGAAAAGCGGGGGGCCGACGCAUGGGCCGGUCUCCGGACGCUGAACCUGAGCGGGUGCAACCUGUCGGUUGUCCCCCCGGGCAUCGCACAGCUGCCGUCUCUGGAGGUGUUGCUUCUGGAUAACAACAAGCUGGUGGCGCCCCCGGCGGACCUCGGCAAGCUGACGUCACUGCGGAAGCUGAGCAUGGACCACAACUUGCUGCUCUCAGUGCCAAUCGAACUUCGCGAGUGCACGUCUCUGUCGGAGCUCUCCCUGGAGCACAACCGCCUCGUCCGGCCGCUCCUCGACUUCCGCUCCAUGGCGCGGACCCUCCAAACCCUCCGGCUUUUCGGGAACCCUCUAGAGUUCCUUCCCGAGAUUCUGCCGUGCCGCAAGCUGCGCCAGGUGUCGCUUGCGAACGUGCGGAUCGAGGGUGACGCGGAGCUGACGUCAGUGGAGGUCCACGUGGAGGACGACGCGGGCGCCACGUCGUACUACUUUGGCGGGGCGAAGCACCGGCUGAGCACGUUCUUCCAGCUGAUCUUCCGGUACUCGUCGUGCCAGCACCCGCUCCUGGCCUCCGCCCUGGCGCGCAUCGCUGAGGACGGCGAGAACAGGGCCUACAUCGGGCGCGACGAGGGCGCGAUCCGCCAACUCCUCUCGAUGGUGCUGAGUGACGACACCCACGUGGUCCAGCAAGCGUGCAAGGCGCUCUCGUGCAUCGCGAUGGACGCCACUCUAGUUGCGCGGCUGGUGAAGGCGGACGUGCUGCAGAGUAUCUGGGCGGUGCUCGGCUCGACGGAGCCGGAAAUCCAGGUGUCCGUCCUCCAAGUCCUGGCCAGCGUCGCCUUCUGCUCCAACUCCAUCGCCGCGCGCCUAUUCACACCCGACAUGCUGCACCGCCUCAAGGAGCUGUGCGGCAGUGAGAAUGCGCUCAAGGUCCGCGAGGAGGCCUUGUUAGUGCUGGGCAACCUCGCCUUCUCCCCCAGCAAUCGCCGCGCAAUGGCCUCCGCACAGGGCCUCCGCUCCCUCCUCGCCAAAAUUGCCCUAACUGAACCCGCCGAAGACGCGCCGAACCCUUCCCAAAACCACCCGAAACCCUCUCAGAAACCGGUCCUAGGUCGGCCCAAAUCCUCCCCAGACCUGACAAAUAUGAAGAGCGCAAAACUCUCCCAUAGUUCCUCAGAACCCUCGCACAAACCCGGGGAACAACCGUCGCCUCCGGAGGGAUCCCCCUUCUCGUCCCCCCCGGCGUUCCGCGACUUCACAGGCGCGCCAAAAACGUCAGCGCACGGGAGCGCGGCGCGCGUGCGCGCAAGCGCGGUGCGCGCGCUUGCGAUCAUGGGCGAGAACGAGCUGGUGAGAAAGUCCACCGGGCGGCGGCCGCUCGGCUCCCGGGGGGUAAAGAUCCUCAGCCUGGAUGGGGGGGGGAUGCGGGGGGUGGCAACAGUGCGCAUGCUGCGGCGGCUUGAGAAAGGGACGGGGCGGCGGAUCCACGAGCUGUUCGACCUCAUAUGCGGGACAUCGACGGGCGCCAUGCUCGCCGUCGCGCUCGGUGUCAAGGAGAUGAGCCUGGACGAGUGCGAGGGCAUCUACAAGCGGCUGGGCAAAAUCGUGUUUGCCGCCGACGACAAAGACAAGGAAAAGGACGCCGCUAGCUUUGCCACGUGGCGCGAGAAGCUGGACCUGAUGUACAAGAGCGGCGCGCAGAACCUGCGUGUGGUCAUCCACGGCGCGAAGCACGACGCAACGCAGUUCGAGGGGCUGCUACAGGAGAUGUCGGCGUUCGAGGACGGGCGGAACCUGCUGAUUGAGACGGCAGGACGGGGCGGCCCCAAGGUCUCCGUCGUCUCCACGCUCGUCAGCGUCACCCCCGCGCAGCCCUUCGUCUUCCGCAACUACCAGUAUCCCCCCGGAACGAGAGAAUCUGCCCCCUGGGCCGCCCCCGUAACGCCCCUCUCUCCGCAAAUCAACCCGGGGCAACCCGCUUUUGGCGGCGGGGGGGGCGGCGGCCUGGCGGCCACUCCCGCGCCGACACCUGUCCAGUCGCGUGUCGGGAUGGGCCACGUGGCGUACAUGGGCUCGUGCAAGCAUCUGGUGUGGCAGGCGAUCCGGGCCAGCUCGGCGGCGCCCUACUAUCUGGACGACUUUUCGGACGGCAACAACCGGUGGCAAGACGGCGCGGUGACUGCCAACAACCCGGCCAUCAUCGCCGUCCGCGAGGCGCGGCUCCUCUGGCCGGACGUCCAGAUCGACACGGUCGUGUCGCUCGGGUGCGCGAGCCUUCCCACGAAGCCACGUGGCAAGAACUGGAAGCACGUGGACACGGGGAGCGUGUUGAUCGAGAGCGCGUGCAGCGUCGAGCGAGUGGAGGAAGCGAUGGACACGCUCGCGCCGCUGGUGCCUAACCUGGAGUACGUCAGGUUUAACCCGGUGGACGAGAGCGGCGCGAUGGAGCUGGACGAGACGGACCCCGCGCAGUGGGCCCGCCUGGAGGCCGCCACGCAGGACUACGUCGACCUGCACGACGCGCGAUUCGCCGCUCUGUGCGCGCGUCUCACGUCCGACCUCCCGGAGCCGUCCGAACGCGCGACCGUGGCGUCCGAAAGCACGAAGCCGGCGUCCGAAAGCAGAAACCCAGCGUCCGGAAGCGUGACAUCAGCGCCCGAAACCGGGAACCCAGCGUCCGAAAGGGCGACGUCGGCGACCGGAGCUGAGAAACCAGCGUCCGUAGGUGUGACGUCAGUCGCCGAAACCGGGACGUUGGACGAGGAUGCGGACGCGCCAUUGCUGCGGCUGCGCGAGCGCUCGGUGGGCAAGGGGACUGGUGGGAAAGUGGGGAAAGAAAAUGGAGGUGGUACGGGAGAAAACGGGGGUGGGGUGACGGAAGAAAGUCAGACGGAAGGGAGAAGCCAGGAAAGCGAGAGCGAAGAGGAAAACGGUGAUGAUGAUUUUGCUGACCUGAGCGGAUUGCGGCGAAAAAUUGUACAUUCAAAGUCCAGGAAUGCAGGGAGGCUGGAAGAGAGUGUUGACGCGUUAGGCGGGCGAGAACUAGACCGAGGGUUUUCCUUCAGCCAGAGCUUUGCUUUCGGGGGGCUGGAUGCGGGCGACGAGGUGCCGGUGGAACCGAGGGUGGAAAGCGUCACGCAAGACGCGAUCGACCUGAACCCGACUGCCACGUGGCAGGCCGACGGAGGCGCUCCCAGUGCCACGUGGCAAGUCGAGAGAGGCGCUCCGCUCGAACUGGUUCCCGUAAACGAAGUGCCCGAGUCUGGCGCCUCCAAGACAAUUGCCAACAGGAGCAAGUUGGAUCAAGGAAACGUGACAAGUGAAAGACCGGCCGGGGCUCCGAGAACGCAAGACGCAGCCGCGCCCCCAAGGGGUUUGGAGGUUUCCAAGCGGUCUGCGGCCGCGGUCGCUCUCGGCCUGCGGAAGGGUUUGCUGUUCGUCGAAGCGGCCCCCGGACCCGCGGCCGCUGAGGGGUUUGGGGUUUGGGCUGACGGCGCGUCGUUGCUGCACCACAGCGCCUCGCACCGCCCGCUGAUCGAUGCGGUCUGCGAGCAGAAUAAGAUCAGUCGGGACGUCUUUGACGGCCGCAUUCACACGGGGAUAAAACCUGCCAAACCUGCAGUGUUAACCCGCCCGCUUUCCUCCCCGUCGCUGCCAACCCCAGUGAAACCAAUCUCACGGUCCAACUCGCUCACGAAGCUCUCUACGGCGCGACCGCCGAGCCCCGGGGCCGGCCUCGCCCGCGUGAACGUCAACCGGGAAAGCAGGGACGGGGAAGCGCCCUCGGAGCCGGAGGAAGCUCUAGGCUUCCCGGCGCAGGCCCUGUACGAGCGCCUGCAAACCGCGCGCUCGGUCGGGGUGGUGCAUCUGGCGCUGAGCGGCGACCAACGGGGCCUCGUUGUGGGCUGGCAGAGCGAUGUGGUCGCCGUAGCGGAGCCCGGGGAGGAGGCACGUGCCUUUCUGGGAAGCUUAUCUGGGGGGAUGCGCUAUGGGAGUGUCGCGGAGCUGUGCGCACGUCACCGGCAGUUUGACGUCGGAGCAGCGGUUCUCACGCUGAUCGGGCGCCACACGCAGUUACUGCCCGGGGGAGAAGAGGUCGGGGCGUUCGUAUUCCGCCGGACAGUUCCUUCCGCCUUCUUGACUGCGGACGACGUCCGUAAGAUGGUCGGCGUCUGGCGCGACCGGAUCGUGGUCAGCAGCCGGUUCGCGCUAACCCAGCCGGUUAUUGAGGCUCUCCUUGACGGAGGCGCCAAAGCGGUGUUCGAGCUGGCGCUUUCGGACGGGGGGCCGGCCGACUUGGACGGCAAUGGCAUGGCGUCCGGAGAAGCGACCACGGACGCUUCCAAUUCAUGGGGUAGCGCCAUAACGCCAGUCGUCCGGAGCGUAUUCACACCGGCCGUUGAUCAAGCGCCGACGCCAGCUUCCAAGGGGAAGCAACGGAGUGAAACGGACUUUCUGUACAGCACAGAUUUUGAUCGACCUGGAGAUAGCGUUUUGGAGGAAUUGCUCGCGUCUUUCUAUUCGGCGCUGUAUGAAGAGGGGCUCUCGGUGGAUCAGGUGGAGGCGGCGGUGCAAAGGUCUGGAUCCCGAGGGGGUUGCCGCUUAAUCUGCCAUCUCCCAAGUCAUUGA